AUGGCUACAUUUGACAAGCGUUGGGCCGAGUGUCUAGAGAUCAUCGCGGUCGAGAUAGGAGUUGAUGUUAAAGAUAUUCACGAGCAAGACGAUUUUGCAGGAGAUCUUGGAGUAAGCGCUCCAUUAAGUCGCAGUAUCACUGCUCGCCUCAGGGAGUUGGCGCCCGAUCUUCCGGUCGCAGUUCUAGACGAAUGUCCAACCGUUGAUUCUCUCCGCCAGUGUCUAGCACGUCUUACCGCGAUCGCGAAGGGCAAUGACAAUCGUCAAUCGACCAGCAAUGGAUCAAAGGGCAAUCUCUCACGCGUUCCUUUGUCAGUGAUACUUCAAGGAAGCCCAUCGAAUUCUACAGAGACCAUAUUUCUUCUCCCUGAUGGAAGUGGCUCCGGAAUGGCAUACGCUGGCAUCCCACCCAUAUCCCCUACAACGUGCCUUAUCGCGAUGAACAGUCCUUAUUUGCGAUGCCCAGAAGAUUAUCGCUGCUCUAUUCAGGAUAUGGCACGGGAAUGGGCCCAGGAGAUCCGACAACGCCAGCCACAGGGACCAUACAUCUUGGGAGGAUGGUCUGCGGGUGGCUAUUAUUCGUACGAAGUGGCUGAGAACCUCCGUCGCCAGGGAGAGCACGUUAGCAAGCUCAUCUUGCUCGAUUCGCCAUGUAGACCUGACUUCGAGGAGCUACCAAUCCAAGUGGUUGAGUAUCUGUCCGCACACGGAUUGAUGGGCAACUGGGGAGUGUCGGAGCGAACGCCGGCGUGGCUGGUGGAGCAUUUCCGAUCGACGCUCCGUGCAGUGCGGCAAUACGUUCCCACGCCUAUGGUCGCACCGCCACCUACAGUCUAUGUGAUUUGGAGCGCAGAUGGAGUUAUGCUUGAGGAUCAACUGGAACCUACAGGCUUGGAUCUGAAAAUCAAAGUCUCUCGGUUUCUUCUGGUUGGAAAGCCCAAUUUCACUCCUCAUGGAUGGGAGCGUCUCUUUCCUGGCGGCAAAUUAUAUACAACCAAGAUCUCUGGCAAUCAUUUCACGUUAAUCAGCCCACCGAAUGUGAGUUCUAAAAAAGUUCCAACUUGA